AAUUGACACCCAGUUUCAGCUGAUCUGUAUUGGUUGACCUGAACACUAUUGAUUUAGGCGGGAAUAUAAAUACAGACGUCUGCUAACGUUCUCUCAGUAUAAUCUUGAGAACAGACACAAGCGCAACAGACGAAAAAUAUAAUUGGAAUAGUUUGGACUGAAAAAAUUUAAGGAUUUUUUUUAUUGAAAUCAGGAAAUAAAAAAGGAGACAAAAUGAUUGUUAAACUUAACCAGAAUAAGAUAGUGCAAUGUUCAGUUGUUGGAGAUGGACUUGUCGGCAAAACAUCUCUGGUGAAAAAGUUUGUGCAUAACAAAAACACAGACGACUAUGUGGCUACAGUGUUUGAUAAUUUUGCAGGUGACAUUGCUGUAGAAGGAGAGAAAUACACCGUCAGCGUCUUUGAUACAGCCGGACAACAGGAAUACGAAGGGCUACGCGUGUUCACUUACGCACAGAGUGACGUCAUAGUCGUCUGCUAUUCGGCAGUUGACCGCGAUUCCUUCAACAAUGUUGUCGACUUCUGGAUACCAGAAAUCAGAAACUACGUCAAAAACAGCAAGCCAAUUAUUCUUGUUGCAACCCAAAACGACCUUACUCAUGGAAAUGUUUCGACUGUAACAAGAAGCGAUGGUGUAAAAUUGGCGAAUAAGAUAGGAGCUAUUUUGUUCGUAGAAACCUCGGUACACGAUCGAGAAAGUAUCAUGACACUCUUUGAAAACGUUGUUGAAAAUGCAAUAAAAAGAAGGCGAAGAAAAUCUAGCAUAUUUGAGAAAAUUCUGAGAAGAUGAAAAAUUAUAUAUCAAACAGUAUUUGUUUGGAAAAGUGCAAUAAUUUUUCCGUGAAUUCGUACGGUCAAACCCCCUGACGACGACACAGCAAACCUAAGUCGGAAUGCAAGCUCAACGGUGACUUCGACUGGAAUGGGUGAUAAUAAAUAUCAAAUUAUCCAGACAUGUUAAAUAAUUUCCAGCCAAUUGCCACAAUAGCAAACGUACCUCCACCUACGAGGUUAAAAGUAUUUAUUAAGCAAAAAUGUGAUAAUUUUCCAUUAUGUUGAUGACAUUGAUCGUUCGGAACAGAUCCAGUACAGCUGUUCGAGAAUUAGUAUUAUGAACUGUUUGUGUACAUUCCCGACGUUGUAAUUGAUUUUAUUUAUUUCUAUGUAUUGUCGACAACGUGCAAUAUUUUUUUCUAAUCUUUAUUUUGGUUUUCAACAAAUGUCUAUUUUUAUAAUAAAUGUCAUUUCAUAAUGAA